AUGCCGAAUUGUGACGGCGGCGAGGGCGACACGGACGGAGCAGGCGACAAAGGCGAAUCCGACGGCGGAGGCGGCGACGGCGACACGGACGGAGGCGGCGAAAGCGAGACCGAUGGCGGCGACGGCGACGGCAAGCGAGCUUGCUGCGGGGAGGGCGAGACGGAGGAAGGCAGCGGCGACGGCGACACGGACGGAGGCGGCGACGGCGACACGGACGGAGGCGGCGACGGCGACACGGACGGAGGCGGCGAAAGCGAGACCGAUGGCGGCGACGGCGACGGCAAGCGAGCUUGCUGCGGGGAGGGCGAGACGGAGGAAGGCAGCGGCGACGGCGACACGGACGGAGGCGGCGAAGGCGACACGACCGACGGCGGCGGGGAGAGCGAUUCCAACGGCGGCGGCGGCGACGGCGACAAGGACAGAGGCGGCGAAAGCGAGACCGACGGCGGCCACGGCGACGGCGACAUGGAGAGGCGGCAAAGGUGA